AUGGACGACGUCAAGUCAGAGCAACCGGUCCAGGAGACUCGCCCUGCCGAGGAAGAGGGCAAUGAAGAGGAGGAGAUCUCUGCGAUGAAGCGACGGGUUGCAGAGAUGGAAGAGGAGGCCGCCAAGCUCCGCGAGAUGCAAGCCAGCCUGGACAACCAGGCCGAGAACGCCCAGGAGAGCAAGACCGACGUCGACAGCCGCAGCAUCUUCGUCGGCAACGUCGACUACUCGGCCUCUCCCGAGGAGAUCCAGGCGCACUUCCAGAGCUGCGGGUCCAUCAACCGUGUCACAAUCCUGCUGGACAAGUUCACCGGCCAGCCCAAAGGCUAUGCCUACGUCGAGUUCACCGAACCAAGCCUGGUCGCCCAGGCCCUGGUCCUCAACGAGAGUGUCUUCAAGGGCCGCAAUAUUAAGGUCGUGCCGAAGCGCACCAACGUGCCUGGAAUGAGCAGGGGACGCGGCGGCGGAAGAGGGGGAUUCCGGGGUGGUCGUGGAGGCCCAGGGUUCUACGGUGGACGAGGCGGGUUCGUCCCACGAGGUGGCUACCGCGGAGGCUAUCGUGGAGGCUUCCGGGGUGCGCCCCGUGGCUUUGCACCCUACUAA